AUGGCUAUGGAGGAAUAAGAGAAGAAGCACCACUUAGAGCCCACGUUCCAACUCUUAAUCACCCAAAAAUUAUACACAAAGACGUGCUUCUCACAUCUCAACUCACUCCCUCACCAGCUCACUUCACUCAAUCCUCUUUAUCUUUCUUUCCUUUUUUAAUUGUUAUAAAACAAUCUCUCUCAAUCCUCAAGUAAUCAGAGGUGACCAUAUGGCUCUCGACACUCUCAAUUCUCCAACCUCCACCACCGCUCCUCCUCCUUUCCUAACCAAGCCGGAGAAUCUCGAGUCGUGGACCAAAAGAAAGCGCACAAAACGACACCGAACUGUAGAUCAGUCACACCCUCCUUCCGAAGAAGAGUAUCUUGCUAUCUGCCUCCUCAUGCUUGCUCGUGGCUCCUCCUCCACCAAUGAUGGUAAUGAUCAUCACUCUCCUCCUGCUCCACCGUCCGAUCAUGACCACCGAGACUACAAGUGCUCCGUCUGUGGAAAAUCUUUCCCGUCUUAUCAAGCGUUAGGUGGACACAAAACCAGUCACCGGAAACCGGUUAGUAAUAUUAAUUGCCAAGAUACUAUUAACAGUGGUAACGGUUCCGUUACUAAUAACGGAAAUAUUAGUAACGGUUUAAUUGGUCAAAGUGGGAAGACUCAUAAGUGCUCUAUCUGUUUUAAGUCGUUUCCCUCUGGUCAAGCACUGGGUGGUCACAAACGGUGUCAUUACGACGGUGGUAACGGUAACGGUAGUAAUAAUCACGGCUUUGACCUGAAUUUACCGGCUGAUCACGAUGAAACACGUAAGAGUCAACUCUCCGGUGAAGAAUCAAAGUCGGUGUCAUGAUUAUUAUUAACUUUUACCGAUCAGCUAGCUAGUGAUGGAUCAUUAGCUGAGAUGUUGAUGAGUCUGUAAUGAAAAUGAUUGGAGUGGACUUUGGAUUAUUUUUAGUUUCUUUUUUAUGUAUACGAAAAGAUAAAAAUCUUCAUACGAUUAUUCGUUUUUGGGUUUUGUUUACAUAAUAAAGUAAAUAAAGAGGGAUAUAUUUGGAUUUGUAUUUUGUUUUAU